AUGGCUUGCGGUCAAUGCGUCGAUGUUUCCAACUACUGCUCCGGCAGUCGCUCCUCAGGUUCUGGACGAAGCUCAUAUGCCUCUUCAUCCAGACCUACCUCUAAUGGAUCACAGAGGCCCAACUACUGGCGAUGCUGCAAGUGCUCUGGCGGCUGGUACAGCUACCAGAUCAACGACUCUUGCCCCAUGUGCCAGGCGUGGCGUUGCCCCAACUGCGAAUACUCCAUGAGCUAGAUUUCGCCCACGACCUCCAUCGUCUUCGAAUGUAGCGGCUAGCCAUCACGGUACUGUGCUGGCAAACCCGUUGCUGUACUACGACUUGCAUUCGCGGCCUUUUUGAAUUGCCUAUCUAGGCCACCUAGACCAACACUUGAGCGGAAUUCACAUUCCACCACUAUGAUACAGAGCAUGGGAGGAGUUUUGGGAUUUGUCGCAUUUUGGCUAAGCAUGCGUUGGAUAGUGAGAACCUUCCCUUUGCAUCUCGUUUCGCAUUGUCAGCAUUAGAAUCAGCACCACUUAGACCAUUAGACUGGCGGCUUCACUGGCUUUGAGUCAACGCACUACACUCUUAUUUCCUUGUCUUUCUUUGUCUUUCUUCAGACCAAUUACUACAGACACU